CGUGGAACCGCGUCUCCUUUUCACGAGGAUUUCACUGGGGACAGAGGGGGAUACCGAGAGCACCAUCGAUGGCCAGAACACGGGGGGAGCUGACACAGAGGUUUAUGCAGCAGAGCUGUGACAGCGACUGACGCUUUCAACAGUUAUCAGUUAGGGUACUAACUAAAACACGGCCAUGCCUCCCCCAUCUGACAUCGUGAAGGUGGCUAUUGAAUGGCCUGGUGCCAAUGCUCAGCUAAUAGAGAUGGACCAGAAAAGACCUUUGUCCUCAAUAAUUCGGGAAGUAUGUGAUGGCUGGUCUUUGUCUGGCUCAGAGCAGUUUGCCCUGCGUUAUGCUGAUGGUCCUCAGCUUUAUAUCACUGAGCAGAGUCGUGGCGACAUCAAGAACGGGACCAUUCUUCGAUUAGCAAUUUCUCCUGCUCGUGCUGCUCGCCAGCUCCUGGAGAGGAUCCAGUCCCAUGGCAUCGAUGCUCGCCUCGAGGCUCUGAAGGAGCUCGCCAAACUCUCUGCAGAUCCAACCUUUGCUGCAGAGUUCAUCAAUAUGGAAGGCAUUGGGACGCUGGCUCGUCUUGUGGAGAGCGGCACUCACUUUGGUGAAAUGUUGGCCUUCACUCUCACUGCCUUCCUGGAACUAAUGGAUCAUGGCAUUGUGUCCUGGGACCUUAUCUCAUUGUCCUUCAUCAAGCAGAUUGCGGGCUACGUCAACCAGCCGAUGGUGGACGUGUCCAUCCUGCAGCGCUCCUUGGCCAUCCUCGAGAGCAUGGUUCUGAACAGCCAUAGCCUCUACCAUCGGGUGGCACAGGAGAUCACCGUGGGACAGCUCAUCGGGCACCUGCAAGUGUCAAACCAGGAGAUCCAGACGUACGCCAUCGCUCUCAUCAAUGCUCUCUUCCUGAAGGCACCAGAGGACAGACGGCAGGAGGAGUAUACUAACCCGCUGGAGCAGCACCUCACUGAAAUGGCAAGCUCUUUGGCUCAGAAACACCUGCGCUCCAUCAUCCUCAAUCACGUCAUCAGAGGAAAUCGACCAAUCAAAGCAGAAAUGGCACAUCAGUUAUAUGUGCUGCAGGUGUUGACUUUUAACCUUUUGGAAGAACGAAUGAUGACAAAAAUGGAUCCUAAUGACCAGGCUCAGAGAGACAUCAUUUUUGAGCUACGCAGAAUUGCCUUCGAUGGAGAAAACGACCCCACUGGCACAGAGAAAAGAAAGGCCAUGUACACCAAGGACUACAAGAUGCUGGGCUUCACUAACCACGUGAACCCAGCUAUGGACUUUACCCAGACGCCACCAGGGAUGCUGGCUCUGGACAACAUGCUGUAUCUAGCCAAAGUUCACCAGGACACGUACAUCAGGAUUGUUCUGGAGAACAGCAGCCGAGAGGAUAAACACGAGUGUCCUUUUGGCCGCUGUGCCAUCGAACUUACUCGAAUGCUGUGUGAGAUACUCCAAGUUGGAGAACUGCCUAAUGAGGGCUGCAACGAUUAUCACCCCAUGUUCUUCACCCAUGACCGGGCAUGGGAGGAGUUCUUCUGUGUCUGCAUCCAGCUGCUUAAUAAAACUUGGAAGGAGAUGAGAGCCACAGCUGAGGACUUCAACAAGGUGAUGCAAGUGGUCCGUGAGCAGAUCACCAGAGCUCUGGCCAUGAAACCGUCGUCCAUAGACCAGCUGAAGACUAAGCUGCGAGGCCUCAACUAUUCAGAGAUUCUGCGUCUGCGGCAGUCAGAACGAAUGAGCCAGGAUGAUUUCCAGUCUCCACCCAUCAUUGAGUUGCGGGAGAGAAUUCAGCCCGAGAUCUUAGAGCUCAUCAAGCAACAGCGACUCAACCGGCUGUGCGAGGGAAGCUGCUUCCGUAAACUGGGCAACCGUCGAAGGCAAGAAAAGUUUUGGUUCUGCAGACUCUCUCUGAAUCACAAAGUGCUGCACUACGGGGACUUGGAUGAGUCACCUCAGGGUGAAGUGCCUUUUGAGCUACUCAGUGACAAGAUCCCCGUCUCCGAUAUCAAGUCUGUGGUGACAGGGAAGGACUGCCCUCAUAUGAAGGAGAAAAGUGCUCUAAAACAGAACAAGGAGGUGCUGGAGUUGGCCUUCUCUGUCCUCUAUGAUCCCGAUGAAACACUUAAUUUUGUUGCACCCAACAAAUACGAGUAUUGUAUCUGGACUGAUGGGCUGUGUGCGCUGCUGGGCAGAGAGAUGGGCAGUGACCUGACACGCAGUGACCUAGAUACUCUCAUCAGCAUGGAGAUGAAGCUCCGCCUCCUCGACCUUGAGAACAUCACGAUCCCGGAAGCGCCGCCUCCUGUGCCAAAGGAGCCUAGCUCAUAUAACUUCACCUACAACUACAGCUGAGAUGUAUGUGUGCGUGCGUGUGUAUGUGUGUUUGCAAUGCAUGCAUGUGUUUGUCAAGGACAAGUAUGCUCAAUCUUUUGAUGAAUUUAGCGAAUAUGUGGAAAAGGCUACUUUGAUUUUUUUUUUUUUUUUUUUUUAUCAUUUCAGAACCUUGGAGGCUUUUACUUGUUUGUGACGCUGGAUAGGAAAAUGUGUUUUAUCGCCUGAUAGAGCGGUCAGAAGUCAGGGUUUGGUAGAGAAAUGUUCUCCUGGAAGAGCUGAAAGAGAUGAAAUGAGAGAAUCUCAUCUAUCGGAGCGUUUCAAGCAGACUGCAGAUUUGCUCUUCUUGUUGUUUGCCAUAUAAAGGUGGACAUGAACACAGAUGAAAAGAUCAAAAUCUACAAAUGAAUGUUUACAUUUUAGUCCAACUUGAAGCAUGAGACACUUGCCGUUUCCAUGGCAACUAAGAACGAAGUAGCCAGUUUUAAAUACUGUGUUCACUCCGAUACUGCCUGCUACUCCAUGUGUACAGAUGUACAGUACAGUGUAAUCACUUCCACACCCUGCUCCUCAUCGUGGUCUUAUUAAUAUUAAUAUAUCUCAUAUGCAAUUGAUUAAUUUAAAAAGGAUUAGACAUGUGAGAAAGUUUGAGAUGUAAGAUGUAUAGAGCAGAAGCAGGUAAUGUGUAACUAUGUUCCCUUAUUCACUUUGUUUUGUUUGUCAUACAUGGGACAAAACGUUUAUCAGUAGGAAUUAUAGCUUUCCAGAGUCCAAAUGAUAAUAUAGAAAAAAGAUGGUGAGGUGUAACUAAAUUUUAAAAAUGCUAUUAUAAAAGACCAGAAAACUGAUGUGUGAUUAGAUUUGGGAAGUUGGAAUAUUUGCAUUUAAGCAUUUUCUUUUUCUUAAGGGUGUCGAGUGAUUAAUUAUUCGACCAGCCAUUUCAGCUCCACACAUGAUGAUACAGUCAUAUAUCUGUUGUGGCUUCAGUUAACUGAGUAGCAUUGAUGCUGCUUCUUUCUUCACACCACUACACUCUUUUCAUAGACCUGUUACACAGUGUGAACGUACUCUACCAUAUAAAGGAUUAAUGGAAUUGUUUAAGUGUUUCUUGCCAAAUGUAGGUGUCUGUAAGUGUGUGUCUGUGUGUGCAGAUUUUUAAAGUCUGUGUGUGAGUUUUUUAUGUUGAGAGACUGAGGGCAAAAUCUCUAUAUUUAAAGGUCACGCUGCUUGUUAAAGUCGGGGUCAAAGCCCUGACAGCAAACACAAUUAAACUUUUUUUCAAUCAUAGUCACUGCAUUGCCUUAUCAUACGCUCAUAUGUUGAUAAUGAAACACUACAACACACUAAGAUAUGCUUAUAUAUCUACUCAUAUGAGGAGUUCAUAAGUGUUGUAUAAGCAAAUAAUUAUUUAUAGACACAGUAUAAUACACUUCUAAUACUAUUUCAUGUCCACAUAUGUUAAUAGUUACAAUACUGUGCAAAAGUCUUGAGCCUUCCCUCACUUCUUUAUAUUUUGUUUCCAUGGACCCAGACUUGCUAGUCUUUUUUAAAGUGGUCUUGAGCAAUAGUUCUCCAUCCUUUCUAUCUUUGUCUUUUCGUUAAUUUUCAGUCCAGUUCUUGCAUGUGAACAUUUUCAAAGGAAUGUUUUCUUGUUGUUUGUGAAGCCACUUAACACCAACUUUUGAAUCAUUUACACAUAAACAUAAACUAACUAAGUCCUAACUCAAGGGAUAAACCAGUAUUGUGUCUACAUAUAACAGCUUAACACAAAAAAUCAAAAACAUGUUUAUUCUCAAAAAGCUAUUCGCCCCCAAAAUUGGCAUAUUUCAUAUUUUCAUAUUUGUGCGUUCUUAAAAGAACACUGGAUAACAGCAGGGGCAGGCCUAAAAAACCCCAAAACUGUCUAUAGUAGAUCAACAAUGUGUGAAACUCAUGCCCGUAAGAAAUAAAGAUAAAAAAAAAAUAGUCCUGCAAAGACCGGACACAUCUAUUGAUCCAUCUACUGUUCACUGAAGCCUCAAUAGCAACUUAACGGCAGCUGAGAAAAGGUUGAGGUAUGCCAAAUUACCAAAGAACUGGACUGAAAAUCAGUGGUGGUUCAAAUAUUUGUCACUAUAUAUGGUUAAGGUCACAACAAAGACACAACAGUGAGUAUGGGUGAAGUGUUGGGGAUCUUAUCCAAAAAUUCUGAAGCAUGAGUGGAGAAAAGUACCGUCAGACUUUGAUCCACCAUGCAGUACCAUCUGGAAAGUACCUGAUUUGACUCAUUUUUCAUUAUUACAUUGAUCCCAAACACACUGCCAAUGCAGUAAAAGCUUUGAUGGAAAAAACUUUAAUGGAAAAAAACCCUGUGAAAUACUAUCAGUCAUGGAUUGGCCUACCCAGAGUCUGGACUUCAACAUUAUUAAAGCCCUGUGGGAUCAUUGUGAAAGAUAAUGAAACAAAAACCAGCCAACAUCAAACCAGAACUUUGAAUUACCUUCAUGAAGCCUGGAGAACUAUUACUGAAGCGUACUUAAAGAAAUUACCAGUAAGAAUUUCUAAGAGAUUUCAUACAGUGUAAAAGAAUAAAGGUGAUCAUACCAAAUAUUGACUUUAAAGCUUGUUAGAAUUGUACAAACCCUGUUUUUGCCUUACAUGAUGAAUUUCCAUGUUUGUUUGCACAGGUUUUAAAUCACUUCUUUCCCAUAUUGCAAUAUAAAAAAAUGAGUGCUCUAAGACUUUCGAACAGUAUUGUACAAAGUGGAUUAUAAAUCCUCCAAUUACUGUUUACAUUUAGUGUGUAUUAUAUUGAAACUAUCAGAUUAUCUAGGUUAACACUUAUGUUAUACUGUGUUGCUAAAAUGUUUUCAGUUUCCUAGUUGGUGACAAAGACUUUAGUCAACACUUGCAUACUGACUUAAAUCAGCUACAGCUCCAUUAUAAUUUGUUAUAAAUAGUUUAUUGAUUUACUGUUAAUACAGUAAAUACAUAGAGUUAUUAAGAACUUAAUUUGGAAAGUUCAUCCUACAGAGUGUUAAAAAAGUGUGAACAUAUAAGUCAUGAAAUAAUCAGCAUUUGGAGCUUUGAUUUCCAACUUUUUAUCAAGCAGUGCAAAGGCAAGCAGGAAAAACAAGAGGACAUAAAACACAAUCAAAUGCACAGAAGGAGACUAAAACAGAGUGGCAUCUAGUACUGCUCAUAUAUCAUAGUGAAGUAUGCAGCAUUGUGUGUGCUUUGUACACAGUGGUAAUAAUUACAGUAUUGUUGCUUGAUGUCAUUUUCUAAUUUCCACAUAGUUUCUGGUUCAAAACUUUGUCUUCUAAACCAGAACUAAUUACUUGUGUCAUUUGUUAAUGCAGAGUAGAAUUAUAUUUUUGUAACUGAUCGUACGAUUUUGUCAGUCUUGAAGAGAAUGGGAACUAACAGUGGCAUUUUCACUUCACGUCAGUGGGUGGGGUACAUUCAGCAUGCUCACGUCACACUGAAAGCACCUCACAUAAUUUAGGACACCAACUCCAGCCACUUCUUAUGAUGUCAGCUUGUGAAGAGGUUUACAUUUGAGAUUUUUUCUUGUUGUUUUUUGUUUGUUGGGUUUUGACUGAUGCUGAAGGAUUAACAGGUUAAUUUCACUGGUUAGUGUUACGGUGAGCCAAAGAGUUCAAUUCCAGGCAACUAAUGAAAACACAAGAACGCAAGCAAACUACUAAAAGAUUUUUCAGCAUUUAUCAAUGUGAGAAAACAACCACAUGCUGAAAUACCGUCAGAAUAAACGCAGAAACUUGGAUAUAAACAGAAUACGAAACUGUGACACAACUUAAAUGACACUAACAUCAUCUUUCACCUUCAAAAGCAACAAGCUACGGUAUGCUCAUCAAUAUUUAAUGACCCCUAAAAAGACUUUCAUUGUAUUUGCAGUGGCUUCUGUGUAUGCUAAUGCAUGAAUAAUUGCUAUCAUUUUUAUUAUUUUUGCUAAAUCUGUUGUCAGAUUUGAAUAUUUGAUGAAUAUUUUCUAAAGUUGCUCCAAAGUAAGUUGCAGUAUUUUGAGCUCUCUGGGCUUCCGUACACUUUUUUUAUUUCAGAAAGUAAAUGGACCAUUAAGCUGUGUUCAGAAAUCAGCUCAAACAGGUUGGCAACGACAACAUAUUACAGGAAGUAAAGGAGCGUUGCGUUGGAUGUACAGUUUGACUUUGAGGUUUUUGCAUCUGGCUCUCUUUUACAUGACUUGCUAAACUAUUUAUUUACACUUGGUAGUGACAGUAAAGAAUGACAAAGUAACAUAAAUUUUAAACAUGGUAUACAUAUAAGUCAUUGUAUGUAUAUACAGUAUUGUGUUGCCUUAU